UAAGAUAGGGCAGGGCACAUUUGGCAAAAAAGUCAAAGCUUCGAUGCCCAAAGAUGAGACUUUCAAAUGGAAAGGUUAAAAUGCGAAUGAGAGGCCGCAUGGCUUACUUCUCUUGUAAGGUUGGGUAUGCAUUAGUAGGGAAGAAGCUUGCUGUAUGUCUGUCAGGAAAUAGGUGGAAUACUGAAAAACCCAUAUGUGUUACAGCACGAGGCUGUCCUACUAUACGCAAUCCUGGGAAUCUGAAGAUAUCUACAACAAUGGGUGGAGCAAAGAAAGCGUUCUCCUGCAAACCUUACAUGCUUCUGCAGGGGAAUUCAACCAUAUACUGCACUGGCAAAAAUUGGACUGAUCAUGUCCCCAAAUGUAUAGUACCUCCAACAGAAUGUGAUUUUGAGGAUGUGUCUCUCUGUGGUUGGUCUCAUUGUUCAAACAGUAACAUGGAUGGUUGUGAUUUCAACUGGUCCUGGCUGGCAGGUAGAACACCUACAAGAAACACAGGUCCCGACUUUGAUCACACAUUUGGUAAUCAAACAGGGCAUUAUAUGUACAUGGAGUCGUCAAAGCCAAGAUUGCCAUUUGACCAGGCCAGUCUCUUUUCCCCUCUCUACCAGGCCAAUCAGUCAGGGUCCUGCUUUACAUUCUGGUACCACAUGCAUGGCCAAGGAAUUGGAACUCUAAAGGUUCUUAUUCAGCCAGAAGGUGUUAAUGUAAAACAAGCUGAAAUGAGGCCUCAUUUCACAGCAACUGGUUACCAUGGUGAAAUGUGGUUACAGGGAAGCAUCUUUGUUCCACCAAUGUCAAUGAGAUUCAGGAUGAUCAUAGAAGGAACACGCAACAAUAGUUUUCUUAGUGAUAUGGCCAUAGAUGAUGUCAAACUUCAUCCUGUUCAGUGUGAUCUACUACUCACAACUCAAUUACCAUCUAAGACAAGCUUCUCAGCAAUUAACAUUACAACAGUCUUGAGUACAAAUUCAUUUAAAACAUCAGAAACCACAACUGGUGCAAACAUAUUGACAACACCUACUGUUAAAAGAAAAAGUACAACAUCUGCAGCUGUAAACACACCAACAUCUGUGGUGAAAGGACAAACAACACCAACAUCUUAUGUGAAAGAACAGACAACACUAACAGCUGCU